AUGGCUUCACCACAGCAACUUCGUACUCCUAUUACGGAUCUCUUGAAGAUCAACCACCCCGUUCUCCUCGCCGGUAUGAACGUGGCUGCUGGCCCCAAGCUGGCUGCCGCUGUCACGAACGCUGGUGGCCUCGGUGUCAUCGGUGGCGUUGGUUACACCCCAGAAAUGCUCAAGGACCAGAUUGCCGAACUCAAGAGCUUUCUGAACGAUAAGAACGCCCCAUUCGGUGUGGACUUGCUCCUUCCUCAAGUUGGUGGAAAUGCGCGAAAGACCAACCAUGAUUACACCCACGGAAAGCUCGAUGCGCUCGUUGAUAUUAUUAUUGAAAGUGGCGCCAGACUGUUUGUCUGCGCUGUCGGUGUUCCUCCUCGCGCCGUUGUGGAGAAGCUUCACAAGAACGGUGUCCUCUACAUGAACAUGAUCGGACACCCCAAGCACGUCAAGAAGUGCCUCGACCUUGGUGCCGAUAUUAUCUGCGCCCAAGGUGGUGAGGGUGGUGGCCACACUGGUGAUGUCCCGACCACCGUCCUGAUCCCUACCGUUGCCAAGUUGGUCCAGGGCCAUAAGAGCCCGCUCACUGGCCAACCCGUGCAGGUCAUUGCUGCCGGUGGUCUCUUCAACGGCCAGUCUGUUGCUGCUGCUCUCAUGCUCGGUGCUUCCGCCGUGUGGAUUGGAACACGCUUCAUCCUGUGUGACGAGGCUGGUGCCCCUGAAGCUCACAAGGAAGCCGUUCAGACUGCUGGCUUUGACGAUAAUGUCCGCACUAUCAUCUUCACUGGUCGUCCCAUGCGUGUGCGCAACAACGCAUAUAUCCAAAACUGGGAAGAGAACCGAUCCCAGGAAAUCAAGGAUCUCACAGCCAAGGGUGUUGUUCCCGUGGAGCACGACUUUGAGAACCUUCCCGACGAUGUUGAUGACGACACUCUUGACAACGCUCGUCCAUACCUGAUGGGCAAGGUCUCCGCUGUUGUCAAUGAAAAGAAGUCGGCCAAGGCCAUCGUGGACGAGCUGGUGUCUGACGGUGUUGCAUGGUUGCAGAAGGGUAACAAAUUGAUCGCCAAGUUGUAG